UUGAGGUUAUGUUUAGCAAUAUUUGAAUAUUUUUUGUAAACAGAGUUAAAUUAGUAUUUAUAUUAUUUUUAAUGUUUCCAUGUUGAAUAUUCUUUGUAGUUUUGAAUUCUGAUGAAGUGAAGUAUGAAUUUCAAAGUUUUUGUGAUGUUGAAUGUAAAAUAUGCUGUCUGUUUUGGAAUUUCUCUUUUAAGCUUGGUUGCCCGGUAUUUGUAAUUUCUAUCUUUGCAAUAAUCUAUCAUAAACUUUACACAUUGUCUAAUAAAAUGACAUCUAUUAUAAAAGUACAUGCUCUCUCUGGAGCUCAUGAUGAGACUCCUCCAUGCUACAUAUUACAAGUUGAUGAGUUCAGAUUCUUGUUGGAUUGCGGCUGGAGUGAAACCUUUGAUCAAGAAUUUGUAAAAGAGCUCAAAAGACAUGUGAACCAGAUUGAUGCUGUUCUCCUGUCUUAUCCUGACCCGUUGCAUCUGGGAGCUCUGCCCUAUAUUGUCGGCAAAUGUGGCCUCAACUGCCCGAUCUACGCCACGAUUCCUGUUUAUAAAAUGGGUCAAAUGUUCAUGUAUGACCUAUAUCAGUCUCGACAUGAUAUGGAGGAGUUCGAAAUGUUUACUUUAGAUGACGUUGAUGCAGCUUUUGACAAAAUUGUCCAACUGAAAUAUAAUCAGAGUGUUCCAAUGAAAGGAAAAGGAUUUGGCUUAACAAUAGUUCCACUACCAGCUGGGCAUAUGAUAGGUGGCACAGUAUGGAAAAUAAUGAAGAUAGGCGAGGAGGAUAUAAUAUAUGCAGUUGAUUUCAAUCAUAAAAAGGAGCGACAUCUAAACGGUUGUGAGUUGGAGUUCCAGAGGCCGUCGCUUCUGAUCACAGAUGCUUCAAAUGCCACCUAUCAGCAAGCUAGGAGAAGAACAAGGGAUGAAAAGUUGAUGACAAAUAUUCUGCAAACGUUGCGUAACAACGGUAACGUUCUGGUGGCCGUCGACACAGCUGGUCGUGUUUUAGAGCUGGCUCACAUGUUGGACCAGCUGUGGAGGAAUAAGGAGUCAGGACUUCUGGCUUACUCGUUGGCCCUCCUCAAUAACGUUAGCUAUAAUGUAGUCGAAUUCGCAAAAUCACAGAUUGAGUGGAUGAGUGAUAAAUUGAUGAGGAGUUUUGAGGGCGCUAGAAAUAAUCCAUUCCAGUUCAAGCAUCUGCAGCUCUGUCAUAGUAUGGCUGAAUUAAGCAAAGUUUCUAGUCCUAAGGUCGUUUUAGCCAGUACACCAGAUAUGGAAUGUGGUUUCUCAAGGGAGCUCUUCCUGCAGUGGAGCUCACAAGAAAAUAAUAGUAUUAUCAUCACCUCCAGAACUUCACCUGGUACGUUAGCUAGAGAUUUAAUUGAUCUAGGAACUAAUAGAAUGAUACAGCUACAAGUCAAAAGGCGUGUUCGUUUAGAGGGCGCUGAACUUCUAGAGUAUCAUCGGAAGGAAAAAGAAGCUAAGGACAAAAAACCUGAUAAGAAAGGUCUUCUAGAUGUGUACAUAAGUUCAGACUCCGAAGAUGAUUUGGAGAUACUGAAUAUCAACAGAGGAAAGCACGAUCUUAUGGUGAAACACGAGUUCAACAAGCAGCAAACAAGUUUUUUCAAGAACAGCAAAAAGCAUUAUCCUAUAUUCCCGUUCUUUGAAGCCAAGAUGAAAUGCGACGAGUAUGGCGAAAUAAUCAAGCCAGAAGACUACAAGCUGGCAGAUGUGAAUCCUGAAGGUGAAGACAACAAGGAGAACUUUGAGGUGAAAGAGGAGGAUCUAACGAUAGACAUGACUGAGGUUCCCACCAAAUGCGUGUCGUUCACCAAAACAGUGCAGGUUUCCUGUUCGGUGCAGUUCAUUGAUUUCGAGGGUCGGUCGGAUGGCGAGUCCAUGAUGAAAAUCCUCUCGCAACUGAAACCGAGGCGGUUGGUUCUAGUGCGAGGAUCGCCCGACAACACAGCGACAAUGGCCGACCAGAUCCAACAGUGGAACGAUAUCCGCGUGUUCACUCCUGGCAAGGGUGAUGUGGUCGACGCCACCACCGAGAGUCACAUCUACCAAGUGAGACUGACCGAUGCGUUGAUCAGCUCGUUGGAGUUCCAGAAGGGCAAGAACUCUGAGCUGGCCUGGCUCGAUGCCCAGAUUGCUGUCAAGAGUAAGGGCGUCGAUGCCACUCCAAUGGAGACUGAUCAGGACAAUGAAAAUGUCGCCGAAGAUGAAAUAUAUACCUUAGAACCUUUGCCAGUUCAUAUGAUAAAGGGUCAUCAACCGUCAUUUAUCAAUGAGCUAAAAUUAUCAGACUUCAAGCAAGUAUUAACAAAGAACAACAUUUCUUCUGAAUUCAUGGGCGGUGUGUUGUGGUGCUGCAGUGGAAAAGUGGCUGUUCGCAGGCACGAAGCGGGUAAAGUGACAUUGGAAGGAUGUUUAUCUGAAGAUUACUAUAGGGUUAGAGAUUUAUUGUAUGAACAAUAUGCUAUUAUUUAAAAAAUCUAUGUGUAUUAUACUUGAAAAUUAAUUCAUUUUAAAAUGUCAUACGAAUAACGACAGUAAUAAUGAAAAUUAUUUUAAAGAAACCUGA